AUGAUCGGCCCAGGCACAGGCAUGCUGGGCGAAGAUGGCAUUCACAUCGACAUGAAUCAUCUGAAAACCGGUGAAGUGAACCUUGGAACCUCCAUCAUGGCCAUAAACUUCAAGGACGGCGUAAUUCUUGGUGCCGACUCUCGGACAACAACAGGCGCUUACAUCGCAAAUCGUGUUACAGACAAACUUACUCAGGUGCACGACACGAUAUGGUGCUGUCGCUCAGGCUCAGCUGCGGAUACACAGGCGGUAGCAGACAUUGUACAAUAUCACCUGGGAAUGUAUGGAAUCAUGAACAAUGAGCCUCCGACCACUCACACCGCAGCGGCACUAUUUCAGGAGCUGUGUUACGACAACAAGGAUCAACUCAGUGCUGGUAUGAUCAUAGCUGGAUACGACCGCCGUCAUGGUGGCCAGGUUUAUUCAAUCCCUUUGGGGGGCUCGUUGCACAAGCAGUCGUAUGCGAUUGGCGGCUCAGGCUCGACCUACAUCUACGGUUACUGUGAUGCACAUUGGAAGGAAGGCAUGACAGAGGAGGAAGGGGUUGAAUUUGUGAAGGGCUCUUUAAGAGAGGCGAUCAAGUGGGACGGAAGCUCCGGAGGUGUUAUUAGAAUGGUGGUUCUGACGGCCAAAGGAGCUGUUCGACAUUUGUAUCUGCCCGACAACGGAUAUACUGGGCCGGGAACAAAGCAGUAG